GCCCGGCGCGGGGCCCGCCCCUGCGGCGCCUGGAGGAGCGCGGGGCUGACUGACCGGUGGACCGGAUCCGACCGAUUGCGCGCGGCGGAAGAAUGACAACACACUUUACUUAGAGUCGGGGCAUCUGUGGAAGUUUCCCUUCUGGCUAUUGGAGGCUUGGGGGAGGAUUUGUAGACAGAGGCGGGAGCUGCCCUGCUGAGCCCCCUCGGCCUGGGUGUGGAGUGUGGGCCAUUCCGGGGGAACCCUCCUGAGCCAGUCUCGCCUUCGUGGCUCCACUGAGGGGAUGGCCGCCGGUUCCGGCAGCUGUUCCUGGGCUGUGACUGAAAGAGGAGGCUGAGCGCAGCUAGGACGCCCAGGUCCAGCUGCCCCAAGUCCCCCGGAACCUGCCUUCAGGGGCUCCCAGCAGGAGGGUGGCCCGCAGGCGCCCCGCAGAGGGAGGACCUGUGGGCAGAGGACCUGGGCUGGUGGAGCCGCGGCUGUCUGCGGCUGGAUUGCCGGCCCGGGCUCCUCCGCAGGGCUGCCCUCCUGAAGACGGCUGCCAGACCCGCUCCGCCUCACCCGGGCACCGUGUCUGGGACCCCAAGGCUCUAAGCACACACCCUGCCCUGGCUGCUCUGGCUGCUGAGCCCGCCCUCCGGCCACACCUCCUUGUUAGUGCCCAUGCACUGACCCUGGGAGACAGACAGGAGGAGGCAGAGGACAGAGGAGGCCAGGCCAUGGCUGCUCCCAGGCCCUACCCGGGCUCCUGAGGCUUGGAAGGAAAGGGGCUCCCAGGGCUUCCAGGGGCCUCUGCCCAUUGUCCUGCCCGCCCUUCCCCUUCGGCGCGGCGCCAGGAAGCUGCGACUUUGUUACCUGGGCGACUAGCUGCAGAACCCGGACUGAGGCAGACAGGUCCUGCUGCUCCCCAGGCUGUGCACCCUGACCCCAGGAGGGAGAGAGGGAGGCCCUGCCCUCGAACAGCCAAGCUGCCAGGGCUCCUGAGAAGUGGCUGCUGGCGCCUCCCACGCUGCCCUUUCUGCCAGGGGCCUGUGCCCCUCAGGCUGCCUGAGCCUGGUCACAGAGUGGGAUCUCCUGACCCAGCCUUGCCAGGGGCAGAGGGCACCGAGCCUUGAGGAGGGGAUGCCCCCGAGGGUCCCAGUCCAGCCGGCUGCCCCGCCCCUUAGGCCCAGCCUGGCCCCCUUGUUUCCCUGUCUGGUGCCCCGAGCAACCCCCCUGGCAGGAAGCUCCCGCCAUGGCCGAGCACCUGGAGCUGCUGGCAGAGAUGCCCGCGGUGGGCAGGAUGAGCACGCAGGAGCGGCUGAAGCACGCCCAGAAGCGCCGGGCCCAGCAGGUGAAGAUGUGGGCCCAGGCUGAGAAGGAGGCCCAGGGCAGAAAGGGCCACAGGGAGCGGCUGCGGAAGGAGGCGGCUGGCGGCAGGCUGCAGAAGCGGGUCCUCUUCCCUCCCAGCGUCACCCUUCUCGAGGCCGCUGCCCGAAAUGACCUGGAAGAAGUCCGCCAGUUCCUUCAGAGCGGGGUCAGCCCGGACCUGGCCAACGAGGAUGGUCUGACGGCCCUGCACCAGAGCUGCAUCGACGACUUCCGGGAAAUGGUGCAACAGCUGCUCGAGGCCGGGGCCACGGUCAAUGCCCGAGACAGUGAGAGCUGGACCCCCCUGCACGCUGCGGCCACCUGCGGCCACCUGCACCUGGUGGAGCUGCUCAUUGCCCGUGGUGCUGACCUCUUGGCAGUCAACACCGAUGGAAACAUGCCCUACGACCUCUGUGAGGAUGAGCAGACGCUGGACUGCCUUGAGACGGCCAUGGCCAACCGAGGCAUCACCCAGGACGGCAUCGAGGAGGCCCGGGCCUUGCCGGAGCUGCACAUGCUGGAGGACAUCCGGGGCCUACUGCAGACAGGGGCAGACCUGGAUGCCCCUGGGGACCACGGGGCCACGCUGCUACACAUCGCCGCCGCCAACGGGUUCAGCGAGGCAGCGGCCCUGCUGUUGGAACACCGGGUCAGCCUGGGCGCCAAGGACCACGACGGCUGGGAGCCGCUGCAUGCCGCGGCGUACUGGGGCCAGGUGCACCUGGUGGAGCUGCUGGUGGCACACGGAGCCGACCUCAAUGGAAAGUCCCUGAUGGAAGAGACGCCUCUUGACUUGUGCGGGGACGAGGAGGUGCGGGCCAAGCUGCUGGAGCUGAAGCACAAGCAGGACGCACUCCUGCGGGGCCAAGGUCGCCAGCGCUCUCUGCUGCGCCGCCGUACCUCCAGUGCUGGCAGCCGGGGGAAGGUGGUGAGGCGGGUGAGUCUGACCCAGCGCACCAGCCUGUACCGCAAGGAGCAUGCCCAGGAGGCCAUUGUGUGGCAACAGCCACCGCCCACCAGCCCGGAACCACCAGAGGAGGAUGAGGACGGCCAGACAGACACUGAGCUCGGGCCACCGCCCCCUGAGGAGGAGGACUCCGAAGUGUCUAGGCCACACAAUGGCCGAGUUGGGGGCAACCCGGGACGGCACCUGUACUCCAAGCGGCUCGACCGGAGUGUCUCCUACCAGCUGAACCCCCUGGAAAACGUGGCCCCCGACAGCCUAGGCCACAGCCUGGGCCGCACCAAGGCCCACCACACCCUGGCGGAGCUCAAGCGCCAGCGAGCGGCUGCUAAGCUGCAGCGCGGGCCCGGGCCCGAGGCCCCUGGGUCUGGUCUGCCUGCGGACACAGAGGCUCCCCAGCCUGAGUGUGGCUCCAGGGCUGGUGGGGACCCGCCCCUGCUCAAGCUCACAGCCCCCUCCGAGGAGGCCCCCGUGGAGAAGAGGCCCUGCUGCCUGCUCAUGUGAGGGGCUGGCGCUCGGGGUGCCAAGGCUCUGCUGCCAGGCCCGGCGGAGGCUGCCUCAGGCCUUUUGCUGGAGAUCCCGACAUGUGCCCUGUGGGCAGGCAGCCAGCCGUGUGGGACCCCACCUCCUCAGGCAGGAAUGGGCCUUGGCAGAAGCCAUACCUGGGGGGCACCUGGCUACAGAGAUCUUGUUUCAUCCUGUGACUCUCGAUAAAGCGUCCUCUGCCA